AUGCAUCGCCAAGUCGUCCUGGCCCGCAUCUAAGCGCAACUAUGAGCCACUUUCAGAGUGAUGUUCUUCAUAAUUCGAAAUUCCCGACGUUUUUGCUAUCCUCAUUGGCCAACUCUGGUUUUCUCAAUUUCUCCCCACCAAGAUCUUUCGAAGAUUGUCCUAAUUCGUACCCCGACAGCCAAGACAUGAGACUAGAACUGAUGAUAUGUCUACUGCUAUAUGGAAAGAGAUAUCGAACACUCCUUACGCAUGCUCCUCGCUGACACGACUUACCGGUGGGACGGGCAAUUUUGUCUACCGCGGUACUCUCUCGCAUCCUCUUCAGGAUGGAACUAGAACUGUCGUUAUCAAACAUGCCGAAGACUAUGUGGCUUCUCAGCCGGAGUUUAAAUUAUCUACUACUCGUUGUCGGGCCGAGGAAUACAUGCUUAACGCUCUAAACGAUCUUCCAAAACAAGUCGAGGCUAAUGUCUCCGUGAAAUCACCGCGUCUCUUCCAUUUCAAUCAGCAGACCAAUACGCAUAUCAUGGAAGAUCUACCGAACGCGCUCGACUUGAAGACCUUUCUCCGAUCGUCUGCUGCGUCAGCGUUAUCAGAGCCUUCUGCUACAGCCAUCGGCCAUGCUAUUGGAAAGUGGCUAGCGUCUUUUCAUACUUGGGGCUCAGCGCCAGAGAGAUCUGAUCUGGUAGUUGAGAUCCAGAAGAAUCAACUCAUGAAAGAGCUGAAGUAUCAGAUUAAUUAUGAGGUGUUGAUGCAGACGAUUGAUAAUUUUCCUGAUAUUCUUGAGGCGAGUAGGGGAGUGUUUGAAAAAGUGAAAGGUCUCGCAAAGGAGGAGUUGGAGAGGAAGAAAGAUGAGGAUGGCAUUGGGUUAAUCCAUGGUGAUUUCUGGACGGGGAACAUUCUACUUCCCAACGCUUCCAACCCCGACGAGUCCCCUGUUACUAUCUUCAUCACAGACUGGGAACUUUCUCAAGUGUGCAGCCGCGCAUUAGAUCUCGGGCAGAUGAUUGCGGAGCUAUAUGAGCUAAAACAUUUCAAGGAUAUCGAUGCAGGUGUGUGGAUUCUUCAGGGAUUUGUAGCCGGGUAUCAUCUACCGCUGAGCGAUGAAGUCGCCUUUCGCACGGCGAUCCAUGUCGGUGUGCAUUUGGUUUGCUGGGGAAGCAGGGUGCCAGACUGGGGUACACAGGAGCAGGUGCGGGAUCUGGUGAAGAUUGGGAGGGAUUUCAUUGUGAAGGGAUGGGAGAAGGAUAGGAAGUGGUUUGAAGGUGGAGUGUUGGGAUGUUUGUUUGGGGGUAGAUAGGAGGAAUAUGUGCAUGUCCAAGGAGAAUAUUGGAACAAAUAAAACGUGUAAAUAGGAAAAGAGGUUGUAUUGGUUAAAUGUGCUAUAUGAUCUUUCUUUCCCAUGUGUGUUGG